GUGCUCAAGUACCUAUUUGAACGUCACAUAGUCUCAUUUCACUCUAUUGUAACUUUAUCGAGAUUGGUUACAGUUUGUGGAUUAACCAAACUUGGUGUUCGUUUUCACGUGACGAAACUCGAGUCUGUGACUUUAAGAAACAACAACAACCAACUAACACACCUGCAGUCUCAAUUGAUAUCAUCAAAUAGCUUGAUGAAACUAAUCUCGUCGCCAUUUUAAAAUAGAUUGGUUAACUAAACAGAACAGAGGCUGUGUGCUUUGUAACUGACGUCUGUGAUAUUGUCAUCAUCUUCAACAAUGUCAUCGAGCCGUAACCACCCUCACCGUGUGCCACCCUUGCCGCCCUUGCCGCAGACGCCGCCUCGUCCUCCGAAGAAAUGGACGAGUUUGCCCAGUCCCGAGGAAGUGGCAAAAGAGAAAAGAAUUCAAAGGCUGGACAGACUGAGUCGAAAUUUCCUCGAUCAUGACGAGAACAUUACGGCGAGACAGAUGUUUGAGAAACACAGGAACAACUGGCCGCAACUCCUAGUGGUCAGCCAGGGCUGCAUCGGACUCACGGACUUCGACACGUUCUCGUCAGAACAGGUUGUGAGAGUACAGAAGCAGUUCCAGUAUGAAUGCGUUAUUGCCAGGGACAAGCUUGGUCGGUUCGUUAGCAUACCGCUACACUUUGAGACAAAGUUCAAGGUGGUCCUCGGGAUCAAACACUAUGGACCAGAACAGUCACUGUCGGACAUCAUCGCCAAAUACGAACUUCCGCUGACAGUGAAAUUCGCCGUGCCCAGGAGUCACGUGUUCUACAUCAACACCAGUUCGCACAAAGCCGACAGUUUCGGGUGCAUGGCAUUGCUACAAGUGUACAACGAAACCUACCUGGUGUCCAACCCCAUUAACAACGGUAUAUUGGAUCCUUUAAUUUGCAUCGUGCCACUGUACCUGGAGAUGCUAAUGAACACCAUAUAUGGGUCGGAAGUCUUGACAGACGAUCAGUGGCACCACUACCUAGACGAACUUACCGCAGAGGCAAACAAAGUGAACUUUGACUCGGUUCAAGGACGAAAAGAGAUGGCGAUAUACGAGAAACUGCCUCCAGAGAUCGAUAAUCGCGACGACUACGACUACAUCCGUAUAGGUGACCUUGAGGCGACCUUCACGCAGCCAGCACGAUUUCGAGACAGCGACGUGUAUUCAGAAAUCGGGCCUGACGUACCGGCUCGCGGGGAACAGCCAGACGAUGAGCCGAGCUCGACCGUGCACGCCUGUCCUGUAGAGAGUCUGGGGAUAGAGGAACUGUGUGCACAGCUGGAGAGACUGAGGUUGCACAAGCAUGUGAAGGUGUUCAGGAAGAAGGGAAUCAGUGGAGUGAUCCUGAAGUCUCUCUCAGAAUCGGUUCUCAAGCAGGAACUGCAUUUCAAGGAUUUCGAAAUAAUCAAACUGAUGGCCUUUAUAAAGAAAGGACACAUCCCUAAAUAAUCAAACUGAUGGCCAUUAUAGAGAGAACACAUUCCUAAAUAAUUAAACCGAUGGCCUUUGUAAAGAGAGCACACAUCCCUAGAUAGUCAAACCGAUGGCCUUUGUAAAGAGAGCACACAUCCCUAGAUAAUCAAACCGAUGGAUAGUCAAACCGAUGGCCUCUGUAAAGAGAGCACACAUCCCUAGAUAGUCAAACCGAUGGCCUUUGUAAAGAGAGCACACAUCCCUAGAUAAUCAAACCGAUGGCCUUUGUAAAGAGAGCACACAUCCCUAGAUAAUCAAACCGAUGGCCUUUAUAAAGAGAGGACACAUCCCUAAAUAACCAAAUUGGUGGCCUUUAUAAAGAGAGGACACAUCCCUAAAUAACCAAACUGAUGGUCUUUAUAAAAAGAGGACACAUCCCUAAAUAAUCAAACCGAUGGCCUUUAUAAAAAGAGGACACAUCCCUAAAUAACCAAACUGAUGGUCUUUAUAAAAAGAGGACAUAUCCGUAAACAACAAAACUGACGGCAUUCAUAAAGCAGACACAUCCCUAAAUAACCAAACUGACGGCUUUUAUAUAGAGGGGACAAAUCCCGGAAUAAAUUGAUGACUUUUUAAAGAGAUGACCUAUCUUUAAAUAAUAAGUCUGAUGGAAUUCAUAAACAUAUAUCACGUCCAUAAAUGAUCAGAUUGUUAGCGUUUAUUAAAGAGGACAUAUAUAUACAUAAUCAAACUAAUGACAUUUAUAGAUACAGAACACAUCCCUAAACUAAUCAGACUGGCUGCGUUUAUAAAGGGAUGGCACAUCACUAAUUCGUGGCAUUUAAACAGAGGACACAUCCUUAAAUAUUAUUCAUACACUUUUUUUUUUUUGCCCAGCAAAUUCCACGAAUUCAAAACGUUUUGCAUGACAUUUUCGAGUAUGUUUUGUGAUGCACGACUCGGCCUACAAAUCAAAUACGAGUAUGACAAAUACCUUGAAACUGAAGGGACAAAUAAAUAGGUCCAGUUUCAAAGAGGUUGUCUUUUCAAAAUGCAUAUGGGACACUCAAAACUGGAACUACAAAACAAAUUUUAAAAAGAUGACUUCGUUUUAUAUUUUGAGAAACGCACGUUCUGUUCGUAUAUGUUGCAAAACAAAAAAACAGUAAAUCAAACCUCACAUGUAGGAACAACUUGGGAUGGCGGUGGUCGCAUACUAUUACAAGGUCACUGUGAUCUCUUUUUUUAACGGUCUACUGCACAUAACAGUAAAUCCUUGUCAGGACCAUAUCUUGCAUACAUAAAUGCUGCAGUAAACGGUCAUAUUGGUUGGCAACACUUAAUUGUGUCUCAGUGGAAAGCAGUUCUGAGUCAGUGGAGGAGGCUCGUCAACAUGAACCAGGACAGGUUAAACAGACAAGUUUUUAUCGGGCCUGAAAACCUACAAUCAAGACAAUGUAAAAACUCAAACUACACAACACGCCUUUUCCUCAAGGAACUCAAUAUGGAUCACUUGUUUAAUGUAAAUAGUAUAAUUCCUUUAGCAUUGGUCAUCAACGUUUUAGAAAAGUAUACAAAUAAAUUAAAUGACAUAAUUAUGGUCAAA